AUGGCCCAGCUCACCCAGGGCUGGGGAGACGUCGGACAUCGAACGGUAGCCUAUUUAGCUGAGAAGUACUUAACCAAACCGGGUGCUCAACUUGUGGAAGAUCUCAUUGCUCCUAAUGAUGACUUCGACAUCUCAGAUGCGGCAGUUUGGCCUGAUAGGAUCAAAUUUCAGCGUCCAUACACUCGAAAUUGGCAUUUCAUAGACGCCGUGGACAAACCACCCGAUUCGUGUGCUGUUUCAUAUGAAGCAGAUUGUAAUGAUGGCUGUGUUAUAUCUGCCAUUGAAAACAUGGUCAGUGAGUCAGGUGUCUGGACAUUCCAGCCCAACGAGAUCCAAAUCAAUGUGGAGAAUCAGCAGCAAGGUGAAGCAUUGAAAUUUUUGAUACAUUUCAUCGGUGACCUACACCAACCGCUGCACGUUGAAGCAAUGUGUCGAGGAGGCAACGAAAUCCACGUUCAAUUUGACAAUAACGGUGGUGAAAAGGAGAACCUUCACAGUGUGUGGGAUACGGAUAUUCCACAUAAAAUCAAUGGUCUCAAACACAAGCUGAAGCAAAACGAGGAAAAGGAGCCUGCUAAAAAGUGGGCUCAAAAGCUGUUCAAGUCUCAGGGAUUGAGGCCCCUCCACGCAGAGUGUUCUGACACACAGAAACCUUUAAAAUGCGCCAUGCUAUGGGCAAAUGAGGCAAACAGACUGAACUGUGAUUUUGUACUCAAGAAUGGCGUCGAAUGGCUGGAAAAUCACAACCUAGGUGAAGAGUAUUAUGAUGGAGCUGCUCCUAUUGUCGAAACGCAGAUUCUCAAAGCAGGCAUUCGCCUAGCCGCGUGGCUGAAUGCCUUGGCAGCUGAAAGAACAUCACCAGGAGAGCGCUGUACUAUCCCGGUUGGAAAGGUGAGCAAAUAUUUCUGUUCUUGA